AUGCCUAAGCCUAAGCCUAUGCCUAUUCCUAUUCCUAAGCCUAAGCCUAAGCCUAAGCCUAAGCCUAAGCCUAAGCCUAAGCCUAAGCCUAAGCCUAACCCUAAGCCUAAGCCUAAGCCAAAACUUCAGCCUCAGCCUAAGCCUAUGCCUAAGCCUAAGCCUAUGCCUAUUCCUAUUCCUAUUCCUAAGCCUAAGCCUAAGCCUAAGCCUAAGCCUAAGCCUAAGCCUAAGCCUACGCCUGAGCCUAAGUCUAAGCCUGAGCCUAUGCCUAAUUCCUAA